UUUUUUGGCCAACACAAGGACAGUAUUCUUUAUGGUGUCUGUAGGUAUCACAAGAGAGUUGUUUCCCUCCAGGUACUCUUGAGCAGAAGUCAGGCGGAGAUGCGUACACACUUCCACUUCUUUAACGAAAUGUUUCUUCCCUUCUCUAUGAAGGCGAAGGAACUUAAUUGUGUUCUUGCCAUAUUCGCAGUUGAGGACUUCUACAUCCUUGAUCUGCAGAGAAAAUAUGUGACAGCUGUAAAGGAACUCAAUGGAAGCCUGAGAGCCUACUCAGUGCUCGCCCUGUGCUGCCGAGAAACCAAAAUGCCUGCGGGAUCUGCACCGUGUCACCUUGCUGUGCUAUUGCUUCUUUCCUCCACGCCCCUGUGGGCAGCUGAGAUUUCCUGCAGGAAUGAAGAUGGGGAGAUGGUCGAUUGGUUUGCUCUUUACAAGUUGCCAAAACAUGCCAAAGGAGAGAUUCCUAUGCUGGGGCUGGAGUACAUGUACAUGGACACCCUGGCUCCGCAGUGGCAGCUCGGUAAAUACCUCAUCAACAUGACACAGGGUGCUCUGGGACAAACACUGAAGCAGCUGUACGAGAUGUAUGAAUCUGAGAGGAACAGCAUUGCGUAUGCAAUAUACAACGAUGAGGUCCCUGAAUCAGACUCCAAUAGUUGGCAAAGAGGACAUACCAAAGGAUUUCUGCUCUUGGACAAAUCCCAAGGCUUCUGGGUGAUUCACAGCGUGCCCCUGUUCCCUCCCAUCCCUGAGGAUGGUUAUGGGUACCCAGCUAGUGGGGAGUCCUACGGACAGACAGCCAUCUGUAUAACCUUCAAAUAUGACCAGUUCACAGAAAUAGAUCAACAGAUGCUGAGCUAUAAUCCAGGAAUCUACAGCUGUUCCAUCCCUAACAUCUUUCAAGCUGAUCUCCCAAACCUACAGAAGCUCUGUGCAGGGUCCAGGCUGCCCUCGGUCCCCUUGCGCCACCUCUCCAAGCUCCAGUCAGCUCAGGGGGAAACCUUUCUUCACUUUGCAAAGUCACACUUGUUCAUAGAUGAUAUCUACGUGGCCUGGAUGGCUCAGGAACUGAAAACCGAUUUGUUGGCUGAAUCCUGGCAGCAUUCUGGUCAAAAACUUCCCUCAAAUUGCUCUCUCAACUACCACGUCUAUAACAUAAACCUAAUAGGGAUGCCAUUGAAUUCCACCUUUUAUUCCAUUAACGAUCAUUCCAAAUGGGCUGUUUCAAGGAAAUCCAAAGAUCAGUGGACCUGCAUCGGAGACUUAAACCGCGCUGCCGAGCAAGCUUGGAGAAGUGGUGGGUUCAUCUGUACACAGAAUGAACACAUCUAUAAAGCCUUCAGGCAUUUGAUAAUCCACUACAAAAAUUGCACCAAUACUUUCACAUGGAUGUAAUGAACCGUUCCUCCCAAACAGCACAGCCCCUCAUGACAUAGAAAGUGUAGGAAAUGUCUCUCUUAAACUAUAUUUUCUCUCUGAAGAAUGGCCCUGUGAGUUGCCAGAUGUGUCACACCUUCACCUUCUUAGCCAUAAAAGCAGGUGGUGUGCAGGUAAAUGAUGGCUGUUUUUCUCUGGGUGCUGGGCCAGCAGGCUCUGCCUGUGCUGAGCCACGCUCCCUCCGCUCUCUCCUGGCCCUCUGGCCACCAGCGCCGGGCCGGGCCGCUGCUGCACAAGGCUGCCCCAAAGCACCUCACAGGCAUCCCUGGGGCAGCCUCUGAGUGACGCCGGACAUGGGACAGCAGGGACAACAGAAACCUGCCUUGUUAGCUGGGUUGUCGGGGCUGGGCAGUUAGCAAGAGAAAAAAAUACCCCAAAAUGCUUCAAAAUCGCCCCGUGUUCCAGGCGCUGUUGAGAUCAAUCACAGCAUUUCUGCUCAGUUUGGGCUGAAUCUCGUAAGAGCUGACAUAAUUGGAUACAGACAGGGAGAUGAGUAGACUUGCAGACAGAAAGCUCUCAUUUUACAUGAUUAAUUUUUAGAGAAGAAGUGAGCUUUAAAUCAUUUGUAACCAAUGGCUUGGGAGUAUUUCUCGUGCUUUUAUUCAUAUACAGCAAUCUUAUGAACAAAUAAACAUGUCCAAAAUAUGAAUAAGCAAAAUAAAUUAAGAGCGAAAAUGG